AUGCCUCCACUUCCCAGCCAGAAAGGCACGGGCAAGAAAGGAAGAGAUGCGCGCCAGAGCCGGAGCCGCAAUUCCACCCCAAAUCUUGUCGGCAUAGGCACAGCUGUCAGCGCUGUUCCCCAGGCGGAAUCCGGUGAGACAGCGCUGCUGGAGCUAUCACGAGCGACCUUCCCAACAUCUGACGAUAUUUCGGAGCAUGUCGGGCCUGCCAUCCCCAGCUCGAAGGAUCUAGAGGCUCUCUCCGAGAAAUUGCAGCGACUGGUGGCCUCGAUCGAGAUCCGUGGAGCGACAUGCGAUCGGGGCAUGAGGAUGCUGGCGCAGAUGAGAAAGGACAGGCUAGAGGAGAUUGAAACGGAACGAAGAGACGAGGAGCGCAAGGAAAGGCUGAAAAGGGACGCUGCGGACGAGGAGGAGCGUGAGCGCGGACGGCAUAAGUCGCAUAAGCUCAAGAAGAGAAAGGAUGUGAGCACGGGGGCAGAAGAGCGACCAUUGACCCAUGGUGCCCAUAAUUUGGCGCCUCAAGAUGGUACCCAUUUAGAUCCAUCAACCCCAAUGCCUACUGGCCGCAAAGCCUCGCGAAGAUUGUCAAGGGAUAACGACUCUGCGAGUUCUUCGCUCUCGCCAGUAGCACCAGCAACACCUACUGCUACAGGAAUGGAUAUCGAUGAAAAGGAAGGGGGAGCCGCCGUCGACGAAUCAAGUUCGGACGAGCACCAGCCGCCUCCAGCACCUGCGAUUCCGCAUCUUCAAACUUUUGGUGACGAUCCCUCGACCUUCCCUGACCCAACAGUAUACGAGAUCCGCGACGUGACGGAUGGCAUGGAUGAUGAUACAAAGCGAGAAAUCUACUCGGUGUCAUAUUUUCCAGAGUCCAAUCUUGAACAUCUGAUACCUGGCACGCCACCAGACAAAGACUUCAGCAAUGCGAAGCCAACAAAUCAAGUACAGGCUAAUACGUUCGCGACGUAUCUGGAACCCUAUUUUCGCCCAUACACAGAAGAAGAUCUUGCUUUUCUUCGCGAGAGAGGUGACCGUACCACCCCGUUUGUCAUCCCCCGUCGCGGUAAAAAGCACUACAGUGAAAUAUGGGCCGAGGAGGACGGCGCUAUGUCGAUUGAUAGUCCUCAGCAACAUCGGGACAAGCUACCUGCAAAUCAGGCCAGGGGCAAUAUUGAGAACAUGGAUGAUGCUCUGGCAGAGACGGACCAAAUUUCGGCCGGGCCAGUUCUAUCAAGAUUAUUAGCAACCCUGAGACCCGAGCAUCGCGCACCGCCGUCUGAGGAGAAGCCAAUCACGAAUGGGCUUACAAACGGGGAAGCCAAUAUCAAUGGAGAGCCGAAUGGAGAUCUCAAUCUAAGCGACUUAAUACAACCACCGGGUGAUACCCCUACCCCGCUUCCAACCGCUACUUACAUGACAGAAUCCUCUUCAGAGUCUUGGAAGAAAGCCACCCAUCCUAAGCUUGACCACUCCCAGGUCGAUGAACGAAUCAAGCAGGAACUCCGCCACAUUGGAUUCCUCCCCCCUGACACCGACCCUGACUUCGAUGCUCACUACGAUGAUGAAAUUGCAGUCCGCCUACGCUACCUUCAGGCGGAACUAAAACAGCAGUCCAUCAUUAACGGUGCCCACAAGGCCCGUCUGCAGGAUCUCGUCAAAGAAAGGAUGGCCCACCAAGAAUAUACCACCAUACUCGAAGACCUCGAUGGCCAGGUCCAAACAGCGUAUCUCAAACGAACACGCACAAUGGGGAAGAACAAGAAAACGAAGCGACCUGGUGGAGCUGGUGGUGGGAGUCAUUUCGUGGGCGGGGCCACUGGUAUGGCCAGACCAGGCAUUGGUGACAUGACGAAAACGGUGAUGGAGAGAAGAAAGAAAUGGAUUGAGGGGGUAGGACCGGUUUUCGACGAUGAGAGGAGCACAGUAAAGGUCCCUCGCGCCGAGAAUCCCGGAAGUUCAAUCUUCAAACCGGAGGAUAUGUCAGAGUUGAUGAGAAAGGAAAAGGAGAGCUGGGACGAAGAUGCCGAGGAGGAAUGA